CCGGAGGAAACUGGGGGAGGACUUGCCGACUACUGUGUCAGCCUGUCAGAAUGCCGUCUCUCAUUGACGAACACUGAGCUUUACGUGGGUCUUGUUUUUGCCUUUCGGCUUUAUUUUUACAUGUCGUCUGACACGUCCAGAAAGAGGAUUUUUUUUUUAUCAAGCAGAGCGAAUGCUUCCUGGUGAGGGAUCAACUACGCUUGCACCCCACUACAAUACCGUUUGUGGUGCUGCCAUGAGGAAGACAAUUUAAAGUCCCAUCUCCCGUCCAUUGGCCCAUUCCAUGUCAGAGAGCAGUGACUCUCAGCAUUACCUCUAUUCAACCCUGGACGGGCGGGAACGGUCCCGCGAAAGGGUCGGCCUUCAAGUGGAGGAAGGAGAACUUUCCCCGUGCUCCGCCAUCAGCCAACUUCACCGUAUGGCCAGCAGUUACAGCGAGGGUUGUGGCAGGAGGGAUGGGGGCGACAUGGAGCCAGAGUUGGGCUUGGCUUCAGAAGGCAGUGACAGCAGCCAAGAGCACCCUGCCUCGCCUGGUUCUCCCCACGAUGAAAGGAAGCGGACACGCUUACACGAAGAUGUAGAGAUGGCCGGCUCAAGUGGGAGUGGGACCGAGUCCCAUGGCAACGAAUCGCAUGGAAAUGAGUCUCACGGCAAUGAAUCUGUGGGCAGCUCAAAUGGAAACGAGAAAGAUUCCGCUCUCCACGAGUCAUCGGGAAGCAACAAGAGCUCAAACUCUCACAGCCCCUCGCCACCAAGCAGCUCCAAUGCCUUCAGUCUGGUGAGCUCCGAGCAGGACAAUCCAUCUACUAGUGGUUGCAGCAGCGAACAGUCGGCUAAAGCGAAGACACAGAAGGAGCUCUUCAAGACCCUUAAGGAACUGAAGAUGCAUUUGCCCAAGGAGAAGAGGAACAAGGGCAAAUCCACCACUGUCAACACACUCAAAUAUGCUCUACGGUGUGUCAAGCAGGUGAAAGCCAACGAGGAGUAUUACCAGAUGCUGAUGAUCAACGACAGCCAACCACCUGGUUUUGAAGUGUCGUCUUACACCAUUGAGGAGAUCAACAGCAUCACUUCUGAAUACACCCUCAGAAACACUGACAUAUUUGCUGUGGCUGUCUCACUAAUCACAGGGAAAAUAGUUUACAUCUCCGAUCAGGCGGCGACCAUCUUAAACUGCAAGCGUGAGGUGUUCCAUAAUGCCAAGUUUGUGGAAUUCUUGACGCCUCAGGACGUGAGCGUGUUCUACAGCUUCACGACUCCUUACCGCUUGCCCUCGUGGAGCAUGUGCACUGGAGCAGAGUCUUCUCCCACGGAGUGCAUGCAGGAGAAAUCCUUCUUUUGCCGCAUCAGUGGCGGGAAGGAACACUAUGGGGACAUGCAGUACUACCCAUUCCGCAUGACUCCUUACCUAAUGAAAGUUCAAGAUGCGGAAUUGUCUGAGGAACAGUUCUGCUGCCUUCUGCUGGCAGAAAGGGUGCACUCCGGUUAUGAAGCACCCAGAAUCCCUCCUGACAAGCGCAUUUUCACCACCACACACACCCCCAACUGUGUUUUUCAGGAUGUGGAUGAAAGGGCUGUUCCGCUGCUGGGUUACCUCCCCCAGGACUUGAUCGGGACACCUGUACUGCUCAAUCUCCACCCGAAUGACAGGCCUAUCAUGCUGGCCGUGCAUCGCAAGAUUCUAAAGUAUGCUGGCCAGCCUUUUGACCACUCCUCAAUCCGCUUCUGCGCAAGAAAUGGCGAAUACAUUACAAUCGACACCAGCUGGUCCAGCUUUGUCAACCCAUGGAGCCGCAAAGUUUCAUUUGUCAUCGGCAGGCACAAAGUCCGCAUGGCUCCUGUGAAUGAAGAUGUUUUUGCAGCCCUGGCUCCCAAUGAAGGGAAGAUGAUGGACUCAGACAUCCAAGAAAUUAGUGAGCAGAUCCACAGGCUUCUCCUACAACCGGUUCACAACAUGGGAUCCAGUGGUUAUGGUAGCCACGGCAGCAACGGUUCUCACGAACAACAGGUGAGCAAUGGCUCAUCCAGUGAAAGCAAUGGCAACGGGAACACAGCUGAGGAGACAAGCAAGGCCAAGCCCACCAGGACAUUCCAGGAGAUUUGUAAGGGAGUUCACAUGCUCAAGAACCAAGACUCCCAGGUGUGCCUGCGCUCCCCUCCGCCUUCACCAGCUCCAUACCCAUCCAAACCCGAAAAGAAGAACUCUGAUGUGUCUCAAAAGAGUCCAGUGGUGCGUCUGAAGGAUUCUGCGGCAAAAGAUGGUAAUGCAGCUAGCAUGGAUGAAUUCACCUUCAAAGACCAGACCGUCUGCUCCUACCAGCAGAUUAGCUGCCUUGACAGUGUUAUCCGGUACCUGGAGAGCUGUAACAUCCCCAUUACUGUAAAGAGGAAAUACCAGUUUUCUUCAAAUACUACCUCCUCCAACUCCGAUGAUGACAGAAAGUGUACAGAGGACACUGUGCAGGCUCCUGGUGGUUCCAACACAGAUGCUUUGAUGCUUGAGAGCCAGCCUGGAUUGUCAAACAUGAAAGCGCUGAAGAAGUCCGAAGCCGCGGUGGUUGGAGCACCAAUGGGACCCCUUCCCUUACCCAGCAAGGCCGAAAGUGUUGUGUCAAUCACAUCUCAGUGUAGCUAUAGCAGCACCAUUGUGCAUGUGGGAGACAAGAAGCCACAGCCAGAGUCUGAAAUAAUUGAGGACGUGGCUGAGAGCCCUGCCCCUCCUGCUCCGCCCGUUAGUGUUGUAUCUCCGCUGAGCCAGGAGAAAGAGGCCUAUAAGCGCCUGGGACUGACCAAGCAGGUGCUGGCAGCCCACACGCAGAAAGAAGAGCAGGCCUUCCUCACUCGCUGCCGAGAACUCUGUAAAGCCAGGACGUUCCAGAAGGACUAUUCCACCCAUCUGCACAGGCAGAAAGGGCCAGUCAACCCUGAAGAACCAUCGGGACUACGAGGUGCUGCCAAACAGGGCACCACCCGGCCAGAGACUACUGCCAAAAAGGGGAACCGUAACAGAAAGUCCAAGAAGCCACGCAUGAAGCAUCCCGAGUCGUCAGACAGCGCCGUCUCGAACCGCAAACCCCGCCCCCCUCUUCAGGGCCUCAACCAAACGUCAUGGUCCCCGUCUGAAGCGUCAUUGUCAGCUUUCAAUGUGUCCUACCCAGCCAUGGUGCCCGCGUACCAGCUCUAUCCACCGGCACCUGCGGCUCCAGCACAGGUCCCCCCUCCCGACCCCUCCCUUUCCACAGGAUUUGUUGAGGGCCAGAGCAACCAAGUCCCUCCCACUGCCACUCCUUUCCCCGCACCCAUUGUUGCGCCAGUGGUGGCUUAUGUGCUACCAAAUUACCUGUUCCCUCAAAUGGGACCUUUGGGCCAAAUGGGACCUGCUCCCAGACCAGCGUUUUUCCUGGAGCAGGCUCAGACGCAACCUCAGUUCAAUGGCCAUCAGCCCUUUCAGACGCCGCAGCCAGCGUACACCAUGCAAACACAACCUCCCUUCACCAGCCAACAGAUUUUCCCCGUGCCGACUGCCUUUCCAGCCCAGCAACCAUUCCAGGCUCGGCCAACCACCUAUCCUGCCCAGCAGCCCUUCACUGCCCAACCUACUUUCUCAGUCCAGACUCCAUUUGUAGCUCAAGCCCCAUAUCCACCUCAGCCCUUCCCAUAUAGCCUAAGCACCCAAGCCCCUAAAGCCUCAGGUCUGGAGCCCAGAGAGGGGGCGGCUUCUCGCUCUUCUACUCCGGCGUCUGGAGCACGCGAGCGCACCACGUCACCGACGCUCUUUGAGUCACGGUGCAGCUCGCCCCUGCAGCUCAAUUUACUCAGCAUGGAAGAGGGCCAACGCUCCGUGGAACGGCAGGACAGUACAGUGGCCUCUGUUGGACUUCAGGGCACCAGUCCAGCGGCAUGUUCUGCUGUAGCAGGACCUGCAGGGGAAAAGAACACGACCGCCUCAGCCAAGGCUGACAAUCUUCAGCAGGUGACGAUGCAGGUUAAUUCUCCAGAAGAUGGCGCACAUAGUGACGGUCACUCAUCAUCCUGUGACCUACUGGAUAUCCUUCUCCAAGAGCAGGAGGACUCUCACUCCGGCACUGGUUCAGCAACAUCUGGCUCCAUGGGCUCAGGAUCAGGAUCUGGAUCGGGCUCGGGCUCAGGCUCUGGCUGCAAUGGCUGCGGUACAUCAGCAAGUGGAGCCUCAGGCAGCAGAACAGGGAGCAGCAACACAAGCAAAUACUUUGGCAGUAUUGAUUCUUUGGAACAUGACCCAAAGACUAAAACCAAAGUCAAGGCGAGAGGAGAAGGAGAUUCUGCCGAUGGCCAGUCACAAGUCAAGGCGUCGGCCAAAGGCGAGGGCGAGCAUUUCAUCAAAUACGUUCUCCAGGAGCCUCUUUGGCUGCUGAUGGCCAAUGCUGACGACAAGGCCAUGAUGACGUAUCAAAUGCCAUGCAGGGACAUUCAGAAGAUCCUGCGGGAAGACAAGGAACGGCUCAGACAGAUGCAGAAGAGCCAGCCCCACUUUUCCUCAGACCAGCGGCGAGAGCUGCUGGAGGAACACCCGUGGAUGCGAAGAGGGGGUCUACCUGCAGCUAUCAAUGUGAAGGAGUGUCUGUACUGCAAAGAUGCUGCAGAGGACCACAUCGAGGAGAACCUCCAUGAAAUGGACAUGGGGGAGAUGGGCGAGGAGCUGAGACAAGAAUGCGAGAAUGCUCAGAGCCAAACGGAGGAGUCGCAGCCCAAACUGGAGCCUGGCUCAUGAAGCGUUCGAGGGAGAGGAGACACACUUGACCAGCCAUGGACCCUUAACACACGAACACUCAGACACACAACAUUGUAAAUGUGACACGCAACAACCAUGUGCCUGGCCGUCCUCAACAAGACUCUUAAACACAGAUGAACUGAAGCUGUGAUGAUUGUGUGGAUGCUGCGAGCGUGUUUGUUGACUCUGAGAAAGUGGGAUCACGCAGCAGUCUGUUAACGCAGAGCCUUUAUGCUGUACAGCUGUCUCAACACAGUCUCAGAUAUGAAAUGUACACUUUUCCAUUUUAUUUAAUUUCCCCCUUUUUCCUGGGAGACAACAUGAGCAUUUAAUAAUGUGUAGUUCAACUUUAUGAAAGUAACUUAAAAUGGAAGAAGACAUGAUUGUCACAUUUGUUCCCCAUGACGAAUAUUGGAACUGAUGUGCUGUUGUCAGCAGGGACCUCUUUUUUUUUUUUUUUUUUUUUUUUUUUUUUUUAAUAUAUAUACGUAUAUCCUAGUUUUUGGACCAUCGAAUAGCACUUCUGUAGUCAGGCAAACCGACUGACGAGUGUCAGCGUCACUCAUCAGCCACGGGACGGGACACGCAGUCUGACUGUAAAUUGCCUCAGCAGUGACAAUCAGAUGCACACCACAAGACGUGCAUUUAACUUGUUUUAUUUAUUCUGUAGUUGUUAUAAACCAGACCAGGGUUUCUUAUGCUACUGCCAAAACACUUCAAGAUUGUAUUAACAGUUGACUACUGUGUAUGUUACAUGUUAGUCAUCUGCAGGACCUUAAAUAUCACUUUACUCGGAGAUUUAAUCUAAACCGGAGUAUGAAUCCUGCACACAAGAGGAAAUGUGCACCAUUAUUUAUUCCCCCCCCAAACCCCAAAGAGUAUGAAAUCCAUACGAAUCGAAGAGUACUUAACUUAGCGGAGACAUGCAUGCCUCGAUGGUUUCCAGCACUGUAUUCAAUCCUUGUGUAUUCUGUGAAUACAGAAUAAUAGAGGAAAUCAGGGGACCACAGCAAAGAAAUAUGUAUCCAAUAUUUCUGCCAAAACAACCCUCUUGCUAUUUUGUACAAAGUCAGGAUGCUCGGUGCCCCGGAACCAGCUCAAGUCCUUCAACAAACUUGGGUUCGGUUUCGGAAUGUAGCACAGGCUGGACCAAGGACAUCCCACUCAGUAGUUUUUGUGGUUGUCCUUUUCUUUUGUUCUUUUCAUUCAAUUUGAAAUGGGUUUCUAUGGUCCUGUUUUGUCGUAAACAGACGUAAGUGUAGCUGGAGAUGGGCAUAGUCCCCUGUCAUGUUACUACUGUGAACAGUGAAGAACUGCCCCUAAAUGCGCAAUUGUGCGAUGAUUCCCUUGCGUAUGGGCUCCACGCCUCGGUGCAUGGAGAGGAAAGAAACCCGAAGAAACUCCAUUUGCUCUAAUUGUACAUCUCAGUACAGUGAUAAGGAUGACCCAGCGGUCUUAGAUACGUUCCGCAUUGAGAAUGGAAAUGUGGUUCAUACAUCAGGAAUAGGAAAUGGAAAAUGUUUUUACGCCUUACUGUUUUCCCACAAAGAAAGAAGUCAAUUAAUUCCACACUGAUGAGAGUGGUGCGUGAAUGGGAGGAAACAGCCUGACCUGUAAAUGCAUAAAUAUAUACAUAAGCGGGACUGGCACAUGAAAAUGUGUCGCGUACAAUGUUUUGUUGCCACUGUAUGAGUCUGGUUAGAUUCAAUUAUAGUGCAGUUUUGUGCAUUUUUGUUUGUAGGAAUUUGUGUUUGAAAGUUUGACAUAAUGUUCGAAUAAAAUUACAAGAACUAUUUAAACCGU